CACCGCUCUCUCCUCUCCCUGGCUUCAGGGAGUCACAAGUAGCAACCAUCUACAAACACACAACUCAGGAAUAUGCGUUACAUUUGUCUGUCAAUGGCGUCAGCGUUCACUGAGGUUUGAGGAGUCGGCGAGAACCAGAAACCCAGGUGUUGUGAACUACUGAGAAUUAUAUGAUUUGAGAUAAAUAGACUUCAGCGUCAGGAUGGAAAACGAAUUCCCUCCCAAAAUUAGCACAGUGUUAAUGACUCCAGAUCCCCAUUACAUUCCAGGGUAUGGCGGGUACUGCCCCCAGAUCAAGUACACCGUGGGGAACACCUACGGCAAGCUGACCGCCCGGCUUCUCACCAGCCCCGAGGUGAACCGCUCGCAGAGGCUGAUCCUGCAGUCCAGCCGCGUGCAAACCACUGACCCGGAGACAGCCCCUCAAAAUGAGAUCUGGAGGAGCCGCCGUCACGGGGGCCAGGCGGAGAUGGAGAAGAUGAUACCCGGAUACACUGGGUUCAUUCCCAAAAGCCAGAACUACUUUUCCAAGACAUACGCGGAAAUGUGCCGGGACGCCCUGACGGACUUUGAGAGGGAGCGGCAGCGCAGAGCUGACAAGGUGGUGUCACCCCACACCCUGCAGGCCAGGAAGGCUGAGAGGGGCACAAAGCAGGAGCACAAACUCCCCCACUACAGCACCCCUCUGGCUCCAAUUGUGAAGGAGGCUGCCCCCUGUCGCUUCAACAGUGAGUGGCACCCGCAUGGCUCUCCGUACUUCAUGGAGAAUGAAAGUCCCCACAAAUACUUCAUUUCAGGUUUCACAGGGUAUGUCCCCAAGGCUCGCUUCCUCAUCGGCAGUGGCUAUCCCAUCCUCACAAACCGCGCCCUGGUUCACUUCACCAAUGAGUUAAACCAGAGCAAGUUAGGACCAAUCACAUUUAAGCAGCGGCCAAGGGAAGACCACAGUUUGCCCUACAUCUCACAGAUUUACCCCUCCAAUCUGGGUCUCCUGCCCAAAUACACCGGCCACGUACCAGGAUACAAAUACCAGUACGGUCACACCUUUGGACAACUUACCACCAAUGCCCUGGGUUCCAGCACCCUUCAGAAACAGGUAGCAGCUCACUGAAGGAAAGCCCUGAAGCACAUUCACUUGUUCAUCCAAUUGAUACCAUCUGUACAAUGGAACGGAUGGCUGUUUUGUUCGUGUUAUUAUUUAAAGGGUUUGCAGUUACAUGAUUCUGUGUUGGUGUUGUCCGCUUGCCUUGCUGGACACAGGGACCUCCUUGCUUUGCACAGUGCUUUAUAUCCGACUUGAUGUGUCGUCAUGAACAGAGCCUUAACAAAUCCAUGACACAUAUUACACACCCUGCUCGCUUGCAGUUCAGUCCUGUAUGUUAUCUCCCAGAUUUCUGUAUAAGCAAUUAAGGGAUUCAGUUAAACUGAUCGAAAAAACAAUUACAUUACUAACUGAUUACUAAUUAUAAAACGCUUAUUAACAAAAUACAAGCGGCAAUUAUGGCCACAGAAAUUGAGGUGAUCAAGGUUAAAGACCCAAAUGAACGGACAGCGUUACCUAAGGUAGUGUUCUGUAUUCCAGUACCCCAUUCACACCACCUACUGUACGAAGUCACUGAAAACGUGACUGAAUGAAGUGGGUUGCACAUUAUUUAGGUAGUGGGGGGGGUGCAUGCAUAGUGUCGAGCUGAGUGGGUAAAACUGAAAAAAAAUGUUAAUGAAAAAAGAUUUUUAACAAAAUUAUCGACUUUAAAAAUUUAAUUAAAACCUACAACAAAAGUACUUUUUACUUGAUUUUUAAUCUUAGGCUCAAUGAUAAAAAAUCUAUUCAUUUUCACAAGGCUGUACAUGUAUGUUAAAAGCAAUAGAAGCUAUAUUUUCACCAGUCUUUAAUUAACUCCUGUUUUUUGGUUAGUAUGACCAAGCUUGACCCUUGCAAACAUACCUUGGUGGCUAUUGACUCUUCUGGGCAGCAAAGCAAAGUCAGGAACCCAUCAAUGUACAGUUAUUACUGCAAUGUGGUCUGUUUUUUUAAUUGCAUAAUGAUAAGGUACUUUCUGGUAUUGAAAGUAUGAUUUUUUUUAAUUACAGACAUACAGGGAACCCUGGUUAUACUAUAAUUGUUUUUUAAAACUUCUCUAAGUUUUAUUCCGAUAGUUUUGUCCAACUUGAUUGUGAUAUCACAUUCAAUACAGAGUAAAGCACUGGUAGUGACAGUGAAGGUCCCUGGUGAAGUGCUCUGGUGUUGGUAUUGCGUGUAACCCUCUAUUAAUUAUUGGUAUUACAAAUGCAUUAUUUAAAAAAAAAAAAAAAAAAGUACGAAACAAAACAAAAUGUUCAGCUUUAUUUGCCUGGAAUAUUUAACACUUUUAACGUGUGUAAGUGAAUACACUGUGUGUAGGGCAUAUGAGAUCUCGUGCAGUUUGGACGUGAGGAUGGCAAUGUGAAGCAGAGCGGUCCUGGCUGUUCAAUGAUCUCUAUUAUAUUAAGAGACCCUACACCACACAUAUUAACGUAUUAUAAAUCACAGAAACCAAGAUUGUAAUCUGUAACUGUUAUUAAAUAGAAAAAAAGUGAUGUAUGUUCUA